CUAAAAAAAAACCAUGAAAGAACUGAAUCGAAUACGUCGAUCGUCGUUGGGCGGCUCGACGAGCAGCUUGACUCGGCGGAGCUCAAUCUCGCAGAAAGACAUUCAGGCGUUGCAGGAAACACUUCAGAAGCAGCAAAAAGUGUCGGCUCAAAUGGUACUCGCACUGCUCAUCAUUGUGCCGCCUGCCACAUUCUUCUUGUUUUACUCAAUUUCAAUUCAUACUGGACUUUUUGUACCUACAAUCACCGCACUAUUCUUGCGAUUCCCGCUUGUUUUGCAAUGCGUGCCGCCCGUCUGGGAUACGGUAGCCUGGAAGUUCAGCGCCGUGCACUGUGCGAUUCAGCUCAUUUUCUAUUGGGUUCUACCACACGAUCAAGCGCUCGUGAUGAGCUCUGCAGGAGAUCAAAUGCGCGAAGUCAACAGCUUCUUCUCGUGCAUUCUGACAUGUCUUCUCUACGUGUUGGGCGCCUCGGCGGGCGUUUAUCGGGGCGAUUUGGUGUAUCUGCACUUCAACUCGAUUAUAUUGAUUUUCGCCAUUUUUGCAGUGCUCAUUUGGGCGGCUCUAAUUGCCACGUAUCAUUUUGGUACUGGUAAUAGUGUGACAACAAUAUCGGAAUUCUGGUUCGGAAUCGAAAAUCAUCCGAAAAUAUUGGAUAUCGAUUUGAAAAGCUUCAUCCGAACGAGAUUUACGUUUGUAAUUUGGCCGCUUUUUGUGAUUUCUGCAAUGUAUUUCCAUAAAAUCACCUAUGGACAGAUUUCUACGUCUCUCGUCUGCUUAUCAAGCGUCCAACUACUCUACAUUUUCCAAUUUCACUGGAACGAAGACCUCUUUCUCAACUCGUUGGACUCGAAGCGAUGCGAUUUCGGCUUCUAUCGAAUUUGGGCGGAUUUCGUGCUGGGACCCAUUAUCUAUACAUCACCAGUGACGAUUCUCGUGGCGACUAAUCGAUCCGUCGGUGUGAUCUCCAACUGCUUAUUCUGUGCUGUGGCGAUUGGCUCGAUGGUUUUCACUGCGAAAUGCGAUCGGCAGAAAUAUGAAUUCCGGAAAUCUAAAGGAACGCUGAAAGUUGGCGGAGUUGAUGCUUUUUUUAUUAGUGCAAAGUAUCGAACUGACUCCGGAGAUGCUAAUACUAAUCUUUUACUAGGCAGUGGUCAUUGGGGAGUAUGCAGGCAUCCAAAUUAUGCCUCCGAAGCCAUCACAUUCGCCGCUUUCUCUGCAUUUCAAGGCUUCCCAUCCACCAUUGCUCACAUCCCAUCCUUAUUCGUUAUCCUGUUCCUUGUUGCACGAGCAUUCACCGAUGAGAAUCGAUGCCUGAUCAAGUACGGGCAGUACUGGGCGCAGUAUUGUUCGAAAGUUAAAUACCGGUUUCUUCCUGGCGUGUUCUGAGCCUUUACUCCCUAAUGUUUUUUUCCUAAAUUUUUUUGGUUCCAAAAUUAUCGAGCUCUCAAUUUUUUGAUGAAAGAAAGACAAGCGGUUUUUU